AUUUAAUUAACUUAUAUUAUUUAAGAAUAUAAAGAGUUAACAAUGCACAGAACUCAAGAUUUAUAUCAAAAAGAUUUAAAUCAAGCAAAUUAUGAUACAAGUUCAUCAAUAUCAGAAAUAAGAAAGCGACAAUCAAGAAAAGAUGAAGCAAUUCGGCGUAAAAUUGAGAAUGAAUUAAGUAAAAAAAAACCAACAGCAGCACGUUUACAUCCAGGUAAACAGGAAUCCAGAACAGUAUUAUCAUUGAAACCAUCACCUCCUCUUACGGUUCAAAUUGGUAUUACUGUUUCAGAGGCAUCUCAAUUGAUGGCAGCUAAAAGAGAGGAUUGUAUUUUAGUAGUUGAUGAUGAUCAACAUUUAAUUGGUAUUUUUACUGCAAAAGAUCUUGCAUUCCGUGUAGUAGGAAUGGAUAUGGAUCCAAGGAGUCUUUUUAUUGAAGAUAUAAUGACGGAAAAUCCUUUAUGUGCACGAAAUGAUACAUCAGCAACAGAUGCACUUGAUCUUAUGGUACAUAAGGGAUUUAGACAUUUGCCAGUAUGUGAUGAAAACGGGAAUGUUUCAGGAAUAUUAGAUAUAACAAAGUGUUUUCAUGAGGCUAUGAAAAAGGUUGAGCGUGCAUAUUCAAGUUCUCAGCAAUUAUAUGAUGCUUUAGAAGGGGUUCAGACAGAAUGGAGUCAAAUACAACAACCUGAACAAAUUUUUCAGUAUGUUGAAACAUUAAAACAAAGAAUGUCAGGACCGAAUUUAGCGAGUGCAUUAGAUGGAACCACGCCUAUAACAGUAAAUAUACGAACUAGUGUUAGAGAUGCGGCCUUUCUUAUGAGAGAAAAUAAUACGACAGCAGUCUUAGUUAUGGAUCAAAUGAAUAUUUCUGGAAUUUUUACAUCUAAGGAUAUUGUUUUGCGUGUUAUUGCACCAGGACUUGAUCCUGCAAAUUGUUCUGUAGUUCGAGUCAUGACUCCUCAUCCUGAUUGUGCUCCAAUGGAUAUGAGUAUUCAAGAAGCUCUUAGGAAAAUGGAUGAAGGUCAUUAUCUCAAUCUUCCCGUAUUAGAUCAAGAAUCUCAAGUCAUUGGGAUGGUUGAUGUUAUGAAAUUAACAUAUCUCAUUUUAGAACAAAUAAAGAAUAUUAACUCAUCUGAUGGUGAUGGUCCUAUUUGGAAUAAAUUCUGGAAUACUAUAGGUGGUGAUACCGAUUCUGUUUUAUCUGAUAAUCAGCUUUCUGCAUCUCAUCCUUAUCAAUCUUUUUCAUGCACUCCUUUAUCUGAAAAUCAACAAAACUUACAGGUCCUUUCACCUGAAGUUUCUCCAACAAAAUUAACACAAAAAAAUAAUUGGGCUUUUCCAAUUGAUACAUCUCUUCUUUCAAACAAAAAUACAUUACCAUCAAAUCAAACUCCUUUAUUAAAUCAAACUCCAUUCGUUUUUAAAUUUACCUCUCUUUAUGGCAAAACACAUCGAAUACAACUUAUUCCUCAAGCCGGUUUUCUAUCUCUUAAACAAAUUGUCAUUGAACGUUUAAAAUUAGAGCUUGAUAAAUUGGGUCAUUCUGAUGAUUUAGCUAUUAAUUUUAUUGACGAUGAUGGUGAUAUAAUAGCAAUCACAACCGAUGAUGAUGUACUUCAUGCUGUCGAACUUGCUUAUAAAAAUGGUGAAGAUAAAGUAAAUCUUAUUAUUCAACAUCCAAAUUUCUCUACUAAUCAAAAUUCUACCGAUUCAUCACCUCUUCAAAAUAAUCAUAAUAAUCAAAAUAAUCACAAUUCUACUUCAAAUCUCUCCACCGUUUUCUUCUUUUCUGGCUCAAUUGCUCUCUGCAUCGCUACUAUCGCUAUUAUCUACAGAUACGUACAAAAAUAGAUAUUUAUCUAUAUAUUUCUUUUUCAAAAAAAAUCUUUCUUAC